ACGUUGAAUAGCGGUAAAAGUCAGGUGGUCACAAGUUUAAAAAUAUGAAUUCGGAGAGGGAUUUGGACUCUGAAGACGAAAUAGAGACAAAAAAAGUUCGAUAUUCGUCACCCGCUUGUGAUCGAAGCAGCGAAAAAUAUCCUAACGAAGAAUUAAGAGGUUUAGUUAAAGGUGUAAGUGCAAAUUAUCUUAUGAAUGAAGAGAAUUUUCUCUCAACUGGGUGUCCACAUCUUGAUGUGAUUUUGAAAGGUGGUUUUCCUAAUAGAGGAGUCACACAAAUUUAUGGUACAGCUGGUACUGGAAAAACUCAAAUUGCUCUGCAACUCUGCUUGACCGUGCAGCUUCCAAUUUCAGUGGGUGGUUAUGAUGCUGGAGCAAUCUACAUAUCUACUGAGGGAACAUUUCCAAGCAAGCGACUACAGGAUCUACUUCGAUAUUCGAAGUUAGCUGCACAAUUCAACAUCACUGCAAAUAAUAUAUUUGUCGAAAGAGUGAUCGAAUCAUCUGAACUGGAGAAAUGUCUUCUUCAAAGAAUUCCGUAUUUAAUGGCAUGUCGCAAAAUAGGAUUAUUGGUAUUAGACUCGAUUGCUGCACCAUACAGAGGUGAAUAUUCUACCACAGAACUGAAGAACAGAGGAAAAGACUUAUGGAAUAUUUCACGUCAAUUACAUACAUUAGCUAGGCAGUAUAAUCUCACCGUUGUUUGUGUUAAUCAGGUGUCUGCAGUAGUUUCACCUAGCAAAUAUGAAGCUAUUUACGUUGACGAAAGGCCAGCGCUUGGUAUAAUAUGGGCUAACAUGAUCACUAAUAAUUUUUAUCUUUGCAGAAAUGAUACUCACAGAUAUUUCCAUGUUAUGCAGUCAUCAUAUUUGGGUCGCAGUAGUAUUGAAUAUAAAAUUACUAAUUCAGGUGUUAUGGGGGUUGCAUAA